AUGCUCGUCCAUGCCAUACGGGGGAGACUUUGGUAUGCUAAAACCGGUCAUGAUGCUCUCAUAUUUGCCCAGAACCACCAGAUCAAAGUACACACAUCAAUAAUCGCUUCUGAAAGCCCAUAUCUCAACAGGAUGUUUGAGCAAAGUGCCCAGUCAGGUGGCAGACGUACUUAUUAUAUUCAUUCUGUGGAUGUACACACCGUAUUACGGACAUUGGAAUUGAUCUAUCUCGGUGCGUACUCUUACCACCUGGAGAAGACAGAAAUUCCAGACUCGGAGAGACUGCUUAUCGAUGUUUCUGUAUAUCAUUUAUGCAAGGCUUGGCAGCUCCCAGUGGACUUCCAAAGCAUUGCUUUCUCGCGGUACAAAGAGGCGGUGUUUUCGCAAGGACAUGAUCCCGGCCAGCUCCUGGACUCUUUGCAGCCCAUGCGGACGCCGCUUGUAGAUGGAAUAAGCCGAGAGGAUAUCUUUCCUGGAAAGUUGUUGAACGCAUUACUAUCAAAGGGGGAGUUAGAGGAGGAUAGACUAGUUACAUUUGCUGUUUAUGAGGCUCGCCGAGCUAUUUGA